AAUUGAGGGGCAUCCAAAGUCCAUGUUGGGCCUUUAGCAACGUGAUAACCACAUUUUCUGGGCUCCUGCCCGCCAAAAUCCCCUUAAUUUCUUCUCCUCUUUCACUUUCACUUUCACUCUCUCUCUCUCUCUCUGAAAAGCUCAGCUAGCUACGACAGAUCCCUUCCCUCUGCAGUAGCCUUUCGGUGCUUAAAUUCAAUCGCUUUCAUUCUUUUCCUCAUCACUUGACACAAACAAAAUGUCAAUCUCCAUGUCCCUCCACACUCCUACACCCAAUUAUCCUCUCUUUUUGACUUACCAUUUCACACAAUUACUCUAAUCCUACUACUAUUCCUUCCUCACAUUUACUCACAUCCCUCUCUCUCUCUCUCUCUCUCUCAUAUAUAUAUAAACCCUUCUGGUUUAAUUAUUCCAAGCAAGCAUUGAAAGCGGCGCUAUGGCGGUGGAUGUCUGCUCAGAAAUCUCGAGCCCAGUUGUCAGUCCUAGAAUCUCCUUCUCUCAUGAUCUCAAUGAAUUGGACUUUGUGCCAAUCGAAUCGCACAAUCAUUUGCAUUUGAAUCCCACGAUCGACUUCGAUUUCUACAAUAUAGGCCAAAACCUCCAAAUUUCCUCCGCCGACGAGCUCUUCGCCAACGGCAAAAUCCUCCCCGUCCAGAUCAAAACCACGUCUCCGCCGAAGCAAAUAGAUCGCAAUCUCAACAAGACCGACAACAACUCGAAGAAGAAGCGGCUGAUCGAGUUCCUCUCCGCCACCGUCGACGACGACGACGAGGAAGAAGAGGGGAAACCGAUCGCGAGGUCGUUCUGGCAAUUCCGCCGCAGCAGCAGCGUCAACUGCGACCGCGGCGGCCUGCUGCGAUCGCUGCAGUUCCUGUCGCGGAGCAAUUCGACGGGCUCCGUUCCGAAUCCGAAGCCGUCGGGAUUGGCGAAGGUGAUGCGGAAGCAGAAUUCGCUGCGGGAAGCGCCGAUUAAUCGGCGGAACUCGGCGGCGGCGGGGCUUAAUCAGUACUACCAUUACAAUAAGCCGUCGUUGGGGAAGAGCAGCAGCAGAUCGUACGGCAAUGGAGUUCGGAUUAGCCCAGUUUUGAACAUUGCCCCAAAUUAUACUGUAAGUUUAUUCGGGAUCGGCUCACUUUUUUGUAGUAAAAAAUCGAAGAAGAAGAGAAAAUGAGUAUUUUAAAUUAUCAUAUUUUUAUUUUUCUUCGUCUUUUUUUUUUUUUUUAAUCUGUACAGAUGAAAUUAAAGUUUUGCUUUGAAAUCUC